CCAAGACUCCGCCGAGGGACACGGCGCCUAGGCACCGGGUUGCUCCCUGCGCGCGCCUUGGGCUUCUCCGCUGCGGUGGGGCCGAACAGAAGGCGUUGUUUUGACUCCCUCUCUGCAGCCCACCAAAAAGAAGCAGAAGAGCUGGACUGAACCCCUUCGGGAGAGUGGGGACAGCACAAGUUAGCUCACUGCGCUGAGGCCAGGUGCCUGGGAUCCCCGUGCCUACGGGCGAUGGCAGACAGCGGAGGCACCGGCAGCUCCAGCCCCUGGUGGAAAUCGCUAACCAACACCAAGAAGAAAACCAAGGAAAGCACCAUGGGGGCGCAGGCUCCAGCACCGCCGCCGACCGACCCUGAGCUCGAAGAUCCCCUUUCUCCCAGCCCAGACUGGACUAGCAGCUCCCAAGAGAACCAGCAUCCCAAUGUCCUCGGGGGCACUGGUGAGACCCUCAAGCCAGACAAGUUAUGUGGGGAGAAAUCAGGCAACAGCCGCCGCAAUUUGAAGAUCUCUCGUUCUGGUCGCUUUAAGGAGAAGAGGAAAGUGCGUGCCACUCUGCUCCCAGAGGGAGACAGGUCCCCAGAGGAGGCCGACUUCCCUGUGGAGCAGCAGGAGAACAAGCAAUAGCCUGAGCCAGCUCUGGGACUGGAGGCCUCUCUUCCCACCACAGCCCUCACACCUAUUCUAAACUGGAGAGUUCUACCUGCCCCUGUACUUGGAGUCUUUCUCACACCACAACAUUCAGAGUAUUUCACACAAGGACCCCCCCUCCCGAUUUAUUUUUCUGGAAAUUGGAGUGUCUAUUAAGUUUUACAUAUUUCAUGACUCAGAAGUGCACUAAGUAUUUAUUUGUGGCAAGAAAAGACACCUUCUCUGAGGAAGUUGGCACGAUUUUGUGGGUUUUUUUUUCCUUC